GGCCCAUCCACCGAGUGUAGAAGAUGUGUUCGACGAUGACGUAAGCAUUUGUCGUUGUUCUUCCAUUCUUGUUCUAUAUCCAACAAUCGCUGAUAAAGGGUUUACAUAAUAACCAUACAUGAUUUUUUUCCCUUCUUCAAUAAUUCAUUGAUUUAUGGCUUCCAAUUCUCAACCAUCAGGAAGUAAUCCCCCACCGAAACCGUGGGAACGGGCGGGUUCUUCAUCGGGUCCCGGGGCGCCUUUCAAACCGCCAUCAGGUGGAAGCACAAGUGAUGUUGUUGAGGCUUCCGGGACUGCGAAACCCGGGGAGAUUGUUACUAGUACUGACAGGAAUGCAGCUGUCAACAGAAGUACUCUCGCCCGACCUGUUCCCACGAGGCCGUGGGAGCAGAAUUAUGGAAAUACAACCUACGGAGGCGGUGCGUUAGGUGGCGCGAUAGGUGGCGGAUAUGGGUCUACAAUGAAUUAUAAUUCUGGAUAUGGGUCUGGAGGAAUGUAUGGAUCUUCUUAUGGUGGUGGGUUAGGAGGAGUUGGAGGAAUGUAUGGUGGUGGAAUGUAUGGGAAUAGUAUGUACAGAGGAGGAGGAUAUGGCGGAGGACUUUACGGGUCAUCUGGGAUGUAUGGAGGAGGUGGAAUGUAUAACAGUGGCCUUGGGGGUCAAAUGGGUGGUUAUGGUAUGGGAGUUGGUCCUUAUGGUGAUCAAGAUCCCAAUAAUCCGUAUAAUGAACCUCCAUCUCCGCCUGGAUUUUGGAUUUCUAUGCUGCGUGUGAUGCAAGGUGUGGUUAAUUUUUUUGGCCGGAUAUCAAUACUCAUAGACCAGAACACGCAGGCUUUCCAUUUGUUCAUGACCGCAAUGCUCCAGCUGUUUGAUCGCUCUGGCAUGUUGUAUGGAGAGCUAGCGAGGUUUGUGUUGCGAUUGCUCGGGGUCAAAACUAAGCCCAAGAAGAUUAACCCGCAAGGUCCAAAUGGACAUCCAUUUCACGGACAACAACAUCCUUCUGGAAACAUGAACUACAUUGAGGGAGCAAAGACUGCUCCAAGUGGUUCUUGGGACAAUGUCUGGGGAAAUGACACCAGUGAAUGAUUUGACGAAUAUAGUAAGAGUGUUUCAAGUACAUUAAAGAAAAGAGAGAAACAUCAACAUUUCAAAUGAAGAUACUGAAGCUGCAGAAUUCAUGUAUAUCCUAGAUUUAAUUGCAGUUUUCUGUCUUUCUUUGCCAAUAUUUGUUCUUGGUUUUACUAGAAGUGGAAUCUUCAGAUGAUGAGAUAUUAUCCCUGCCUUUAUACCCUGUAAUUGUUUACUUUUAAUAUGCAGGACGCCGCUAUUUCUAAGUAAAUUGUGUCCAGAAUGAAUGUAAUCUUGCAUGCCUGCCUAUGUGUUUUUGGACCUUAAAUUCCAUUUCUUUAAAUCUGCUCUUUCUUAUA